AUGAACCUGGGCGUGGGCGCCUACCGCGACGACGAUGGGCGGCCACAUGUGCUCAAGUGCGUGCGCAAGGCUGAGACCAUGAUCACUAAUGCUGGUCUCGACCAUGAGUACGCAGGCAUUGGUGGUGUCGCCGCCUUUCCGCCGCUCGCCGCCAAGCUCGCCCUCGGCGACAACUGCCCAGCCCUGGCUGAUGGCCGCGUCGCCGCUCUGCAGUCGAUCUCGGGCACGGGCGCCAAUCGGGUGGCCAUGGCCUUUGCCGCUCAGUGGCUGGGCAAGGGCGGCGCCGGGGCGUCGGCCAUCGCCAUGCCCGAUCCCACCUGGGGCAACCACAUCCCCAUUGCCAAGCACGCUGGCCUCGACGUCGUCCGCUACCGCUACUACUCGCCCGAGAACAACGGGCUGGACUUUGCCGGUAUGAUGGACGACCUGAGCAAGCUUGAGGCCGGAACGCCUGUCCUCCUCCACGCCUGCGCCCACAACCCGACAGGCGUCGACCCGUCGCUUGAGCAGUGGCGCGAGAUCUCGGCCUGCCUCGCCGACAAGGGCCUCUUCCCGCUUGUGGACAUGGCGUACCAGGGCUUUGCCUCGGGCGACGUCGACGCCGAUGCCGCUGCCGUCCGCACCCUCGUUGCCGAUGGCCACGACCUCAUCCUCUGCACUUCGUUUGCCAAGAACAUGGGCCUCUACGGCGAGCGGACCGGCGCCCUCAUCUUUGUCACCUCGACGCCUGAGCAGGCCACCGCCGUCGAGUCGCAGGCUAAGAUCCUCAUCCGGCCCAUGUACUCGAACCCGCCCAUCUACGGUGCCCGCAUUGUCGAGACCGACCUCUCCUCUCCCGAGCUGCACGCCCUCUGGCUCACAGAGGUCGCCGACAUGGCCGACCGCAUCAUCGAUGUCCGCACUACCCUCCGCAAUGGCCUCGCCGCCGCCGGCUCGCCGCACAACUGGUCGCACAUCACCGACCAGAUCGGCAUGUUCUGCUACUCGGGCCUCACCGCCGACCAUGUCGCCGCGCUCGCCGCCGACCACGCAGUCUACCUCACCGCCGACGGCCGCAUCUCCAUGGCUGGUGUCAACUCGUCCAACGUCGACCACCUCAUCGCCGCCAUCCACGACGUCACCAAGGAUUCGGCCCUCAACUAA